AUGUCGGGAAAAAUGACACUUUACAAGCUGGUGGUGCUCGGAGACGGUGGUGUAGGGAAAACGGCUCUCACUAUCCAGUUGUGCUUGAAUCACUUUGUUGAAACCUACGAUCCGACCAUCGAAGAUUCCUACCGAAAACAAGUGGUCAUUGACCAGCAAUCAUGCAUGUUGGAGGUGUUGGACACCGCCGGCCAGGAAGAGUACACAGCACUGAGGGAUCAGUGGAUUCGCGACGGAGAGGGAUUCGUACUUGUCUACAGCAUCACUUCGCGAGCUUCCUUUUCCCGCAUACAGAAGUUCUAUAAUCAGAUCAAGAUGGUGAAAGAAUCAGCCAACUCCGGAUCGCCCUCAGGUGCUAGCUACUUGGGCUCGCCCAUACACACCCCUUCUGGCCCUUCGCUCCCUGUGCCUGUCAUGUUGGUCGGCAACAAGAGCGACAAGGCUGUCGAGCGCGCAGUUUCAGCACAGGAAGGACAGGCUCUCGCCAAAGACCUCGGGUGCGAAUUUGUCGAAGCCUCCGCCAAAAAUUGCAUCAAUGUGGAAAAGGCAUUCUACGACGUCGUGCGCAUGCUCCGUCAGCAACGUCAGCAGCAGGGCCGCUCGCAAGACCGGCGGCCGACAGGAGGAGCCCGUGAUCCUGGCCCCGAAUAUCCUCGGUCAUUCCGACCCGACCGCAAUGGCAGUCAUCGACGUCCUUUCAAGUGCACAAUCCUAUGA